AUGGAGGGGGAGGCGGGGGAGGCACCAGGGCUGGGCAGGCCCACUGCUUCCAAGGACUUCCACUUUCAUCACACGGAUCUGUAUGACUCUGAAGACAGACUGCAGAUCUUCCCAGAAGAAGACACUCAGAUGAGAAGAGAAGUAGUUCAAGCCGAAAUGACCAAUGAGCCAAGAGAGCCCAUGAAAGGGAAGGCUCAGAGAGACCUUGGAGAGGAAGUGGAUGAACUUGUCCAUCUGUAUGGACUUGAAGACGAUCACGAAUUAGGGGAUGAGUUUAUUGACGAAAGCACGCCCAGAAUAGAGGUUUCAGAAUAUCCUCCUUAUAUGAUGAUGGGGAGAGAGCCACUGAGGGAGCAGAGAGACUGGAGACUUAGUGGUGAGGCUGCUAAGGCUGAGGACCUGGGCUUCGGGGCAUGGGGCUCGGCAGGCCAGUGCCAGGACUUGCGGGAAGCCUAUAGGUACACCCACGGCCAUGCCAGUGAGGAGUAUGAGUGCUACGUUAUCCCAGAGGAGGAGGACGAGGAAGAAGCUGCCGAUGUCUUCUGUGUCACUUGCAAAACUCCAAUAAGAGCAUCGGAGAAGGUUUUUGAUGAGCACAAGGAGCACGAGGUGACCCCGCUCAGUAAAGCACUGGAAAGUGCCAAGGAUGAAAUUCACAAAAACAUGUACAAAUUGGAAAAGCAGAUUAUUGAGAUGGAAAAUUUUGCAAGUCACUUGGAGGAGGUUUUCAUCACUGUGGAGGAGAAUUUUGGAAGACAAGAAAAAAACUUUGAGUCACAUUACAAUGAGAUCUUGGAAACACUUGCUCAAAAAUAUGAAGAAAAAAUACAAGCUCUAGGGGAGAAAAAAAAAGAGAAGCUGGAAGCCUUGUAUGGACAGCUGGUCAGCUGUGGAGAAAAUCUUGAAACCUGCAAAGAACUGAUGGAAACAAUAGAGGAGAUGUGUCAUGAAGAGAAAGUUGAUUUCAUUAAGGACGCUGUGGCUAUGGCUGACAGACUCGGAAAAUUCCUGAAAACAAAAACAGAUGUGGAAAUCUCGGCGCAGCCUGAAUUUGAAGACCAGACCUUGGACUUCUCUGAUGUGGAGGAGCUUAUGGGCUCCAUUAACACCAUCCCAGCUCCUUCUGCUCCAGUGAUAAACCCACAGGCCCCCAACUCAGCCACAAGUUCCUCAGUCCGAGUGUGCUGGAGCUUAUACUCUGAUGACACCGUGGAGAGCUAUCAGCUAUCCUACUGGCCAGUGCAGGACAGCUCACCUGGGAAGGACGGAGCAGAGUUUACGAUGACGGUCAAAGAAACAUAUUGCUCAGUGACAAACCUUGUGCCAAAUACCCAGUAUGAAUUUUUGGUCACAGCUCAGAACAGGGCUGGCCUCAGCCCCGCCAGUGAGUGUGCAGUGUACAUGACAGCGCCUUGUCCCCCCAUUAUAAAAAGCAAAGAGAUAAGGAGCUGUGAAGAGGCUGCGCUGAUCUGCUGGGAGUCUGGGAACCUGAAUCCUGUGGACUCAUACACAGUGGAGUUGACCCAGGCAGAAAUGCCGGGAGCCUCGGGAGUAACUGAGUCUGUUGUGGGCAUCCCCACCUGCGAGUGCCUGGUGCAGCUACAGCCCCGGCAGAGCUACACCAUCUACGUGCGAGCUCUCAACGUGGGGGGCCCCAGCGCAAGGAGCGAGCCCGCUACAGUCCACACCACAGGCAGCUACUUUCACCUGAACGAGCACACCCACCAUCCCUGGCUGACCGUUUCUGAAGAUGGGCUUACAGUGGUACGGAGUGAGAGGAAAGCCCCCGCCGGGAAGCCGCUCCCCAGCGACACCCGCUUUACCAGGUGUGUUGCUGUCAUGGGAAACCUAAUUCCAGUCCGAGGGCGCCAUUACUGGGAGGUGGAGGUGGACGAGUGUUUGGAUUACACGGUGGGUGUGGCCUUUGAAGAUGUCCCUAAACAGGAAGACCUGGGAGCAAACUGCCUCUCCUGGUGCAUGAGGCACACAUUUGCAUCAUCAAGGCAUAAGUAUGAAUUUCUACACAAGACGACUCCAGAUAUAAGGAUAACCGUUUCCCCAAGGAAGAUUGGCAUUCUAUUAGACUAUGAAAAUUCAAAAUUGUCAUUUUUCAACGUGGACAUUUCUCAGCAUCUGUACACGUUCAGUUGUCAGCUUCCCCAAUUUGUGCAUCCCUGUUUUUCUUUGGAAAAGCCUGGAUGUCUAAAGAUACACAAUGGCAUUUCAAUGCCAAAGUGCGUCACUUUCUAUUAG